GUCUGUUGUGUCAUUCCAACCAUGAGGCUCAUCUUUCAAGCAUAUUCAAUGCUCUUCAUACUGGGCAACCUUAUGGCUUCUCAGUCACAAUCUUCUGGUGGGAAAGAUGCCAUCAACACCACAAUAAUCAACUUCAAUAACGAGAAGAUGCAGAUCACAUGGGCAACUAGAGAGCUUUUUCAUAAUGAGAAUGUAUCAUUUUUUUACACAUUUGGUGAAAGCAAGCACAAGGUUUGGAAGCCAUGUACCACCUAUUUAUUGGAUCAAGAUUAUAAUUCUGGAUGUCUUUUUAAGACAGAAGGACCUACUCUUGCCAUUUCUAUCAGGAACAGCAAUGGAAGUGAAGAGCUUUAUUCUAAAAAAUUAAAAGCUGAUUUUUACAUAAAGCCCAGUCCACCAGAAAAUGUGACCUUCUUCUGGAAAGAGGACACUGUUACUGUAAGCUGUAAUAAACCAGAAAGAAAUGCAUGGUGCUUGAGACUUGAGCUUCAGUACAAAAGCAAGUUUGACAAAGAGUGGCAAUCCAGAACUUCUAAGUGCUGCAGUAUUGGAGAGCAAGGCUUUGAUCCAAGGAAGUGCUACGCUUUCCGGGUCAGACUGAGCAGGCUAGUACCAUACUGCAACGUAGUUAAUUACAGCAGUGACUGGGAAGCUGAAACAUUUUGGAUGAAUGGCAUGUUAUUAGAUUCCUGUGAUGAUGAUGUAACUCCUCAGUCAAAAACAGUAAUUAUUUUAAGUUGUUCGCUGUCAGUACUCUCAAUGAAGCUUAUCCUCACGAUUCUUCUGUGUAAAUGGCAGAGGUUUCGGACGUCAGUCCUGCCUACUAUACCAGACCCAAAACACUCAUUGGGAGAUCUCUUCAAUGAUCAUAAUGGAAACUUACAGGAAUGGCUAGACAAAAAUGACCAUGUGAUGUUGCAAACCAAGCUAGAAUAUGAAGAACCAGUGUCUAUCACUGAAGCAGAAAGCCAGCACGAAGAUGGGAACAACAGUGAGAAACCAGAGCCUUUGGAAAAAAUCUUAACUUUCCCAGCAGCAGCUGAAAAUAAUGAUGGCAAAGCAGCUGAGAUUGCCUGCCUGAUACCAGCAUCCAACACUACAGCUCCCUUUGCUAGCUUUCAUGUUAUGAAUGACGACACAUAUGUGAUGUUAUAAAAGCUGCAUAAUGCAGAAGGUGUUAGGAAACUUCAUAAAGAUCCUGAUGAUUUUGGGAGAGUGACUGAAUGGAAAAGGUCAUCACGAUGAGAUUCACAUCAAGAAAGAUGCUGGGCUGUGUUUUUAGGUCUGUACUUUCCCAACAGUUAGGAUCUCUUGGGCAGGCUCAAGUGUUUGAAACAAACUCCUGAUAAUUUAUAGAGUUAGGACUUGUUCUUUUAAUUGGGGUUUAUCCCUAAGCCCCAUUUUCCUGCUGUGGACAGGAGAGCACAGGACCACCUCCAUAACAUAUGUCAGCAGAGCUGAGAUUUAGUCUUUCUGCUUAUGGAGCGUGUAGAGCCGGGCAAAUGAUGUCAUCGUUCCUUCUAAAUGGAAAUAGAAAAUAAAGAAAUUUUGCUGACUCACAUAAAGAGAUUUUUGUUGCGCAACUUUGCAUUUCAUGGCAUGCCUUGAAGGUUUUUUAGAGAAGAAACAAGGCCCACAUUUAAGAAGAGAACACUGAGGAUGUAGAGUAUUGAAUCACAUUUUGGCCUGCAGACACUUCUGUGUAGGCAGCUUCCUCCAGAACAGCAGGGCUUCAAGUGUUUCCUCCAAAGGUCAUGUCCUCUGUAUCUUACAGUCCUUGAAUAGCCAGUAUAUUACAGCCUUUAUUUUAGAGCAGAAGUUCAUUUUGAACAAUAUUUAUGUUUAACUCACUUUCAUUUAUUUCAAACUGGGGUUUAGUGCAAUCAGCAGCUGUAGACACAAAUUAGGACUUCUUACUCAUAUUGCAUAUGCUCGUUCCUUGUCUUUCUUUAGAAAACGGGGUUUUGGGGUUUUUUAAUCAAGUUUAAAAAAUAAGUUUAGAGCAAUAUUCUAAAGUUUUCUAACCAUACCAUCUUUUAAAGUGUGUUUAAUUAAAAGUGCAAUUGUGCAAAAGUGCAAUACUAUGCAACCAGACUUGAGAAAAAAAAAAUCUUGACUAUUCUGAGUUCCUCCAUGUCACUUCUGUUACAUGCUAUUCUAAAGCAAAUUUUUUUAAAAAAAGGUAAGUGUUUGAAUUGUCUAUCAUCUGGGUAAACAUAUGUGAUUAUAUGCUGAAUUAGCUGCAGUUAUUAAUGACCUGUAUUAAUAGAUAUACAAUAAUUGUAUAAUGACCUGUCAGGCAUUAAAUGGUUUUAUCAGUUGACUAACCCUUGCCAGUCAUUGUGCUUUCAUUAUGCAAACACUCUCAUUUAUUGCACAAAUUGGAAAUUGCAUGCAUCAGAAAAUUACUGUGAUAAGUAAAAUAUUUUUAUUCAGUACUUUAACAACUUCAACUCCAGAUCUUUUCAAGAACAGCAAAUAAUAAUACUGAUCAUUAAUUGUCAAAAUCUUUGUCUAGAUGUUCCAGUUUGUUUUACAAGGAAAAUUACAGAAAUUUUCUGGCCAGUAAGUGGAAAACAUAAUUGGAAGGACAAUUCAGCCACAUUCCCCAAGGUGUUUUGUUUUUUGUUUUUUGUUUUUUUUUGACAUUGCCACAGAUUUGACUGUUCACUAAAAAGAUUAACAUUUUAGCAAAGGAUUUCCCAUCAUCCUGAAAACAAUUUUGCCUUGUGUGUAAGUUUUGGGGGAGCUUUUUGUACACUGAUCACUUCUGGGAAUUUUUCUAAAAAGUAACCAUGCAAAGUUUCAAUAGCACUGUAAGAAUGCAUUGAAUUUUAAGCUUAUUCAAGCUCUGUAAAAUUUGAUGACCAGGAACUAUCUCAGCUUAGCUCUUACAUAGUAUAAAUUGGCAUUAUUGCAUAGGAACCAAAAAAGUUAUAGUGAAUUACAAAGGAAAAGAACUUGCUUCCAUAAUGAUUUUAUAAAUAGAGAAGUAAAACACAGAAUACAUUGCUUUGUUGCUUGCUCUUCAACUCACAUCAUAUGGUUUCCUGCAAAACUAGCUACUAUAAUGAAACCAUUAUUUGUUGGGUAAAUACUUGUCUGUCUGAAUUCAAAAUGUUUUAGUAUAUUUUCCUGAAAUUUUACUGUGAAAACUAAAGAGGAGAAAAUAAUGUUGAAUUUUUCUAUUUAAGUAGCUUUGAGGAAAUGUGAUAAUAAUGUUAAUUUUUAGUAUAAGCUACAUUUUGUAUUAUGUUUUAUAUAGAGAAAGGGUUUUUUAAUGCAUGUAUGCAAUCACACUUACAUUGUAUGUAACAUACCAGAAAUAAAACAAAUAUAACACAGACAUAUCUCAAAUAUUUAUUUUUAAAAUGUCCCCCAAGAAAAUAAAACCUAGGGAAUUACUCGUAUUUAAAACGAAAUUCCCCUCACCCCUUAAAAAAAAAAGGCUCCCACUCCAUAGAAACUCCACAAGAAUGUCUGUAGAGUGAUGAGGACACAAUUUAAGGAACAGCAAGAGUCUUCCCCCAAGUACUGAUGAUUAUUUCAAACACAGUAGAAGAAGACACACACCAAAUUAACCACCCUCAUCUGAGGGUGUUGGAGGCUUCCCUAAUCACCCCUUUCCAUCUGCCACUUUCCACCAUUUUGUCAUCACUUUUUCUUCUGUCCCCUCCCCUCUCUUCUCCUCUCCCUUCCCAUUUCCCAGAUGGUCACACAAAUAUGCAUUCCAUCUCUCAGAGCAGACUUCUACAAAUUAGCAAAUUAAAUAGCCAGACAGAAAAAGGUCUGUUCAGUUUCCCACAGUGAGAAGAAGAGGACACAGAGAGUUUCACAUCUUCAUUCGUAUUUAUUCAAAACUUGUCAUGUUCUUCAAAGGCAAGAAUCGCUCAGAUGCCAUAUCUUGUUCGCUCAUUAUGUCUCAAAGGAAGGGAAAGGGUUCAUGUGGUAGUCCAGACUAACUGAACUGUAUUUUAUCAACAGUGGAACAAACAUAAUAUAUAUUUCUUCUUCGUGCAAUUUAUGUGCUAGUUAUAGCAGUACCAGGCCAAUUUAUAUUGAUAUAUUGAAUAUCUCCAUCGUUUGCUUUCUUCUUCAUGUCUGAUUUUCAGUGAAAGGAAGGAUAAGAGGAAAUAAUGUUUUCCCUAAAAUAAAUAACAGAACUUACUGAAGCCAGUCCUGUAACUUCUAGAUUCCUUUUUUUUGUUUACCUUUUUUUUUUUAACAAUAGUGCUUUUAAAUUUAUUUGGAAAUACGCUUUGCUGCUUUGCUCAACUAUCAAAUACAUAAUUUUGACCUGAAAAUGGUUGCUUCUUUUGCAAUAAACCUAAAAUCUUCUUAGAGUGUAUUUAACAAAGCUUUCAAAAUCGUUCUUGCCUUUUUUUUUUUUUGGCUGCUUACAUUUUUACGGUUACUAAACUCAGCCAAGCAAAAAAUAGUUUAUUUUGCUUAUCCCUUUUUCUGACAACAAUGUAAACUGCAAAGAUGAAACUAGAGGGUCAUUCCCACUAAAUGCUUGAAAGUCUGGACUAUAUAAAAUUGAUUUUUUUUUUUUUUUUUUUUGAAAAACCACAUGGGCCUAAGCCUGUGAAAAUACCAAGGGCAAGAAGUCAACAUUUUCGGUGGUAAAAGAAGACCUGACCCUAACAGACCUUUUGUCUGAAUAUCUAAGUACAGAUCUAUCACUGACUAAUCUCAUGACUGAAACAGCAGUAUUGGGCAACAAGAGAAGAAAUGCAACAAUAACUUCUCCUCUCCUCUCCUGGAAAUUUCUUGUAACCCUUAGGAUUUAACAGCUGGGUUACCACCAGGUGCAUGUCUUGCUCCUGCCUGGUUCCUUGCUGGAAACUGCUGGCACAAGAUUUUGUGGGCAGGAAAUGGCAUCUGUACACUCACCCUGAGCAACAGGGAGUCCCUGCAUGCAUGCACACUUGCCAUAUUGCGAGGAGAGAGGGGUCCUGGAGAGGACCCCCAAACUUGUAAUUGAGGAGUUACAUCUGUUUGGGGUUCCUCUCCUCCUUGCUGGGGGGCAGUAGGGCCAGAGGUGGAGGCAGAGGCAGAACCCAUCUUCCCUUCACGCCCUGCAGCUCUGAAGGGAAUGCUCUAUCAGGGGUUGCAGACAAAGGAGACCUGUGGCCCUUUGCUUGUGAAAUUACACAAUUUUUUCUUCAAAUCAAAAUCCCCUGAUUUAGUGAUAGGUUUCAUGUUUACCUGCUCUUUGCCUGGGGCU